UUCAAACGUACCACCUUUCUCUUAUCUUGUAAACCUCCUCCUCAUCAUCAUGUCCGAGCCUUGGAAUUCCGGCCUCCUUGACUGCUUCUCCGAUCCCAAAAGCUGCUGCCUAACAUAUUUGUGUCCUUGCGUCACCUUUGGCCGGAUAGUUGAGAUUGCGGAUAAAGGAUCUACAUCUUGUUGUUUAGGUGGAGCAGCGUAUGUGUUGGUAGCUCUUAUGUUUGGUUGUCCUUGCCUCUUAUCUUUUCGCUACCGAUCCAGACUGAGGCAGCAGUAUUCUUUGGAAGGGAACUCUUGUGGUGAUUGUUUGGUUCACUGCUUCUGCGAGACCUGCGCCUUGUGCCAGGAGUAUCGUGAGCUCCAAAGUCGCGGUUUCAACAUGUCCAUUGAUGGCAAGGAAAUAUGGAUGCAAAGAACCACAAAGUGGCAAUGGGCUCAGUUCCCCCCGUGGUGGAGGGAGGCAUGAGUCGAAAUAAAUGAGAACAAGAAGAUUUAUGCUGGGACUAUCGAUUUGUACUUGGAAAUAUAGAUGGGAGGAACUAUGAAACGGCAAUGGCUCCAAUAAGUCGGAAAUAAGUGAAUAUGGUACAAUAAAGUUUACGUUAUCCAUUGUAAACAAGAUUAUACUUUUUUGUACCAUAUAUAUUAUCAUCGAAUUGAAAUCAGUUUGAUAUGUUU